UUUUGUUAUACCUAACUCAUUCCCCGCUAGCAAUCUGGUAGGGAUGUUGCGUAUAAGUAUUCGAUUUAAUUUAUGGUGGGGGUAAUAUAACUGAACGUCAGACAUCGAAAAUGCUCACAACGAUUCCCGCCAAAACUUUGACACGGCGCUUUCGUGGAUGAAGUUUAACGUAAUUGUAAUUUGAAAAAAAAAAAAAACGUAUCGAAGGACGCACCCGCGGUAGCCCAAAAGAGGUGUUUGCAUAAUACGCGGUUAGCCGGCGGCCGUAUUUAUGUAAUGCAAUGUUAUAUAAGUAUUUGGCCUCAUAAUUUUUCGGUUGCGAUAGUCAGCUGUGCGCCAUGGCAAGAGGCGUUCGCGCGCUUUCCAAUUGACAGUUCUGUGUUUUGACAUUUAAAUUUUUUUUUAUGUAUUAAAAAAAAAGGAAUCAAAGUGAUAUGUGCACGUAGUGUUUUGAGUGCGGGAUUUUUUUCAUGUUAAAAAAUAUGCAGUGAUCGAGGUUGAAAAAAAAAUGGCGCCCGUUGCUAUCGAAGAAAACUAUAUUAAAACAAAUGAAUUGAGCACGAAGAUAUCGCGGAUCAUGGAGGAUUAUAAAGAGAGUAAUUACUGCGGGGAUUGCGAACACAACAUUUACAAUGUGAACGAAGACACGAACCAGGAUGUAAACAUGUCGGAAGUGCAAAGGUUUUACAGCGGAAAAAAUGUUUUGAUUACCGGCGGGACUGGCUUCCUUGGUAAAGUUUUGAUCGAGAAACUAUUGAGGAGCUGCCCCGGCGUGGAGAACCUCUAUUUACUAGUCAGACAAAAGAAAGGAAAAGAUAUUUAUACGAGAAUCGAAGAAAUAUUCGAAGAUCCGGUUUUCGACCGCUUAAAAACACAAGUGCCGAAGUUUAGGCACAAGAUCGUUGUGGUGCCAGCUGACUGCGAGGCCGCGGGGCUCGGAUUGACACUGUCAGACAGGCAUAUGCUCACCGAAAAGGUGAACAUAAUUUUCCACUCGGCGGCCACAGUGAAAUUUGACGAGCACCUUCGAGCGGCACUGACCACUAACGUGAGGGCGCCAUUGCAUCUGCUGCGGCUGGCGCGGGACAUGAGGAAGCUCGAUGUUCUGAUGCACAUCUCAACAGCGUACUCUAACUCUCACCUGCCCAAGAUCGAGGAGAAGUUCUACGCCUGUGAACCGACCUGUCAGCAGUUGGAAACCACCAUCAGCAAACUUAGCGACGAGCAAAUCAACGCAAUGUUACCGAAGAUUCUUGGACCCUGGCCAAACACUUAUACGUUUACGAAGGCGCUAGCCGAGAAGGAGAUCAGGGUGAACGCCAACGGGGUGCCCGUGGGCAUCUUCAGACCGGCCAUCGUCACGUCGACCUGCAAGGAGCCAUUGAAGAGUUGGGUGGACAACAUGUACGGGCCGACAGGUGUCGCAGUUGGCAGUGGUACGGGGAUCCUCCGGACGCUGCAGUGCGAUGGCUCCGUCACGGCCGACAUAGUACCGGUCGAUGCUGUGGUCAACUGUCUUAUAUGCGCUGCGAAAUCGGUCCAUAGCACAUACGCAAAAAGUCGGCGGCCCAUCGAUCCACCGAUCUUCAAUUACGUCAGUUCAGUCGAAAACAGGAUAACCUGGGGCGAUUUCAUGAAGCACAACAUGGAAAUGAUCGAUCGAAAUCCUUUCAGUGAUGCUGUGUGGUACAUUUCCCUGCGUCUAACGCGAUCAGCCAUUCUGAAUAACCUCUAUAUAUUAUUCUUACACCUCAUACCUGCUCUACUAGUGGAUACACUCGCAAUAUGUCUAGGAAGAAAACCAAAAAUGCUCAAAGUUUACAAGAAGAUACAUAAGUUCUCAUCGGUCUUAUCGUAUUUCACGACGAGAGAGAUAAGUUUUUGCAACACGAGAACGAGGGAGCUCUGGGAUCAAACGACCGUCGAGGAUAAAGAGCUGUUCCCGUUCAGCAUGGCGGAGGUUAACUGGGAGGAGUACUUCGAGAGCUACUUGGCCGGCAUCAGGCGUUACCUGUUCAAAGAGAGCGACGAGAUGCUACCGAGAGCCAGGAUAAAGUGGAAAAGAUUAUACUAUUUGCAUCAGAUAGCAAAAAUUAUUUUUCUGCUCCUGGCUGUUUAUACUCUGUGGUCGAUCUUAUCGUUAAUGUGGUAAUUAAUAAAACACAAUGUAUUUGUAAUUAAUUAAUGUACGUAACGGUAUAUAGUAUUAUGAACGGGCUCAAUAAAUUUUAGUUUUAAUACGUAUUUCAUUAAUAAAUUUCGAUAUUAUAUAUUUUAAUGAAAGGUUUUUGGUUACCAAAAUUACAUUUACAAAUUUUGUUUCUAAUAAAAAAAAAAGAAUUUCAAGUCAAAUAUUAUGUACAUAUAUACUAUACAUAUGUCAACUUAAAUUCAUUUCAACGAGUGAAAGACUAUUUGGUUUAAGCGACAUUCUUGCAACUUCUGUAAAAUAUUAAUAUUAAAAAAAAACCGUAUAUACAAACACUGAGUUGUUUUGUCUUAAUAUAUACUGACACUGUACAAUUAUAGCACUGUCAUUAUUUUAUUAAAUUUCUUAUGCAAGAAAGAGUCAAGCAUUUUUUUAUAGUUUUUUUCUGGUUGAAGACCUAGUCUUUAUAUACAAAUAAAGUGAUAGUGACUGACCUACACGGCAGUCGAAGGGUUAAACCAAAUAGUCUUUCAUUCCUCGAUAUAAAAUAUAUCAUAAACGAACAACUUUUACAAAACUUGCAUUACUGUUCCAUACCUCACUCGUGAACUAGUAUUGUAACGGCAGUAUCCAAUAAAGUACAAUGCAUUUUAUAAACGCGUAUUAAUAAUUUAAUUUUUCAUUAUUUUAAUUUAAAAAACGGCAUUAUUGUAAUUAAUAAUUAAUUAAUAGUUUUGGAAAUAUAGAAGAUGAAAAAAAAAACACUUUUCAUAAUUGUAUCUAUAAAAUAUGUUAUUUCAAUAAAUUUAAAAUGGUGUGAUAA